UGACCGUAGAAGAGAUCGUGAUACUGCACGACGGGUGUGUGCGAUACAUCUGCAUUCACGAGGAACCGGACCUCGCGGAAGAGCCCGGUCUAGAAUGGCUCGUGCAAACCCAUGCGCGUGUUGCAAUCGUAGCACACGGAGCAGAACCACGAGGCUGUAGCUAGGACAUGCUGGCCUCGGGGUUGCUCUUUUGUUGUUUCGCAGUAGCUCCUACCGCAGGCUUGUUUCUUCGUCCCGGGGCCCACCCGAUCCAACAUCUGCAGCAGCCGGAAUGGAAAAAGAAAUUUUCCACGACCGCAUCAGAGCUUCGCCGGCACAGUUCAAAGCUCUGGGAUCCUGUAGUCACAAGCGAAAUUAUCCGGUACCGCAAAAGCAAUGUCCGUCCGGGGCGGAGACGCUGUCCCAAGUGUCGAGUGUGGGCGGGAAGAGGGCCUAGGCUCGUCAGUGUCAAACGGACCGAUGCCCGCAACCCGAAACCCAAGCCUAACAACGACCUCCAGGCACCCAGGACUGGCACUUCUAUGAUCAUGAGUGAACAAUGGAACUAUCGACUGUCCUUCGUAUGCCGCCCGCCCGCACCAUCGCGGAUGUCGGUGGGAGGAGAUACGCCAUGGGUGUUUCCAUUGCACUGCUCCAGAGCUUGGGUGUUUUCGUGCCUCCCAGCAGCCUCGAUGUGUGCACUGUUCUCUAGCUUAUUCAUGUCUGCCAUCGGGUGAGAGAGGCUCAUUUGUCAGGUUUCUCUCACUCUUUAUGACCGCCGGCACUUGCUCUCUGGUACUAAUCGGGACGGGACGCUCGAGGAUCUGUUGCUUGAUCAUGUGCAAGAAGACGGACCGCGCGCGGAUGUUUUGUCCAUGUCGGGAGAGAUGUCGUGUAGGACAAUCUCGAUAAAGUGUUUCUCACGGUAUGCCAAUCCCGUGCAAGUGUCGUGUGCGCCGAUCUUCUCCUCGCAUACAGUACGUGUGCCUCUUUCCCCAGAUUU